AUGUCUAAUGUGAGAAAUCCACCAGAACAAUUACCAAUUGUUUUACAAGUAUUAUUAUCACAAGUACAUAGAAUUAGAGCACUAGUAUUACUAUCAAGAUUUUUGGAUUUAGGACCAUGGGCUGUAUAUCUCUCUUUAUCCAUUGGUAUUUUCCCAUAUGUUUUAAAACUUCUACAAAGCCCAGCACCAGAAUUAAAACCUAUCCUUGUGUUUAUAUGGGCAAGAAUUAUGUCAAUUGAUUAUACCAACACACAAAGUGAAUUAAUAAAAGAGAAAGGAUAUAUGUAUUUUGUUAAUAUCCUAGUCCCUGAAUUCAAUAUGAGUGGACCCUUACCUUUAAGCGGUUCAUCUUUAGGCAAUAAUUCUCCAUUGACUAUGAAGUCGCCACAUAAUUUUUAUUCUCAAAGAAAACGGUCAAUAUAUGAGAACGCAAAUGGAGCUACGAUAGGGUAUUUAAAUAAUGAUACUACUGAUGAACAAAAGGCAAUGACAGUAUUUGUAUUAGUAUCAUUCGUAAGAAAUUUUCCGUUAGGCCAGAGACACUGUUUCAGUUUUGAAUUAAUUAAUAGAUUAUGUUUUUAUAUUUCACAUUCUGAUGUUCCUUUGUUGAGGCAAUGGUGUAUUAUACUACUGGGUCUUUUAUUUGAAUCCAACCCUUUGCAUAAAUGGAUUUGUAUGAAUGCUAGUGUGUUUGAAGUUUUGUUAAGAUCUUUGAAGGAUCCAGUUCCUGAAGUAAGGGCAGCAACUUUAUUAGCACUGAACUAUUCUGUAUCUGAAUCAGAUGAACCAGAUUUGAUUUUGAGGAUUCAACAAGAUUAUGAAAAGCAAACUCAGCAAUUACAGACUCAGCUACAGCAGAUAAAUAACACGUUACACCAAAAACAAAAUCAACAACAUCAACAAUAUUUGGAGCAACAACAUACUAAGGUCGAACAACAGUUAAAUAUCAAUCAAACCAUGUUAUACCAGCUGGAGAAUAUUGAUUUGAAGAAAUUAAAAUCCCAAGAGAUUAGUAAUUUAGUUGCAGUACUUUCUUUAGUUGGGGAUGGGUCAUCGUUAGUAAAAAAAGAACUAUUAAUAUAUUUUUCAAAAUUGAUCAGCCGUUAUAUUAAUUUCUUUCUUGUUGUUGCCUUCCAAGAAUUAGCAGAUGACAUUGCACAAAUGCAAGGGAUAGAUUCAGACAUAAUCAAAUCGAGAGAGAAGCAUUCUAUUAGUCACAGUUCAGUUUUUACUACUGUUUGGAGGGCUUUAUUAAUUAUGUGUAAUGAUCCAUAUUUAGAGAAUAAAAAACUUGCAGAACAGACUAUUGAUUAUAUUUUAUUAGAAUUGAGUACACAUAAGGAUUUGGGUUCAGAAUUUAUGAAAAUGGAAAGUUAUUUUUGGAAAAAGAAUGAUGGUUUAGUAGCAAACAAAAGAAAUGAAUAUUUUUUUAAUGCAAAACCAGCUUUGAAGGGAAAAUCACCUAGAGUAUUAGAUUCAUCAAACCGUAAUGCUGAUGAGUCGAAUAGUAAUAAUAAUGACCUGAAGUCGGUAAUCUCUUUAGGUAAUCUCUUUAAGAACAUGGUAUUUGGUGAAACUGGUGAAAACACUGAACAACAAAAUUCUGAUAACAUCAAAACAAAAAAUAAAGAUACUGGUACAUCAUUAUUAGGAUUGUCACAUGGAUUAUCAUAUAUACCAAAAACACCUUACUAUAAAGAGCAUGUUGGUAAGAUUGAAUUACCAUUUAAAAGUUCUUUUUUAGAUUAUUGUAAGGAAUAUUUUCAAGAACCUCAAAUGCAUAAAUUAGAGACCGAAGAAGUCGGUAGUGUUGAGUAUAAUGCUAGACUAUGGCGUCGGAAUAGGAAUGAAGAUAUCAUUGAAAGUACACAAAGAGAUAAAAAACUUGCACUUUAUGGUGAUUGGUCUUGUAAACUAGUCACUCUGGAUAAUAAAACACAGCCCAAAAUAAUUAGGUUUGUUCAGUUUGAGAAUCAACUGAUCUCUAGUGAUGAUAGGGACAAUAUUACGGUUUUUGAUUGGGAACGUGGGAAAUGUUUGUCUAAAUUUUCGAAUGGGAACCCAUUUGGUACAAAAAUCACUGAUAUUAAAUUUAUGAACGAGGAUGAUGAGACAUUGUUGAUGACUGGUUCUUCAGAUGGUAUUAUAAAGAUUUUUAGAAAUAUUCAUUCAAUAGAAACUGUUACUACUGUAGCUGCCUGGAGAGGUUUAACAGAAAUGUUGUUAACACCAAGAUCUAAUGGGUUAUUGAUGGAAUGGCAACAAAGUAGAGGCUCUCUAUUGGCUACAGGUGAUGUUAAGAUAAUAAGAAUCUGGGAUGCACAUACAGAGACAGUGGAGGUAGAUAUUCCUGCAAAAACGUCCUCAUUGGUGACUUCACUUACUUCUGAUCAAGUUGCUGGAAAUAUUUUUAUUGCGGGCUUUGCUGAUGGUACAUUAAGAGUAUAUGAUCGUCGUAUUGAUCCAAGGGAUUCCAUGAUUCGUCGCUGGAGAUCUGCUAGCAGUGGUAGUCAGAACUCAUGGAUAAAUAACGUGCAUUUACAAAGAGGUGGAUACAGAGAAUUAGUUAGUGGUACAGUUGGUGGGGUAGUAGAAUUAUGGGAUCUUCGUUCACAAAAACCUGUUUUAAGUUUUGUUGAUGAAAAUACUGCACAAAAUGGAGAUCAAAAGAGAAUAGGCAACACAUUAACUUCUAUACAAGUUCAUGAGCAUGCACCUGUUAUUGCAACUGGUUCGAGGCAAGUGAAAAUAUGGACCACAUCUGGUGACUUGUUAAGUGUUUUUAAAAAUAAUCAGAAUUCAAUAACUAAUAACGUGGCAAGCACAUUAGCAGCUACUGGUAUUAGAUCAUAUUCAUCUAGUUCAUUUUUAUCAGGGAUGGCGUUACAUCCACAUAGAAUGAUGUUAGGUGCUAUUAACUCUCAUGAUACACGUAUUAAUGUUUAUAAAUGUACAGAAAGGUCAUUAGUAUACUGA